UCCAGUGUGCUGGUGGACGCCAAGCGUCGUAUUCUGUAGGAGGUCGGACUCGGCAAGGCUCGCGACGACCGUUCUGGAGAAAGAAAAAAAAAAGAAAAAAAAAAUGAAGCUACCCACCGGUGAACAUUAUUAACACAGGCACGUCGUUUUCCACCGACGAGGGAAAAUUGCGAUCGGUUCGCAAGAAAUCGAAGGGAUCUGGAAACGGAUAGAUCGCACGGCUGGAUCGAAUGGAAAAGGAAUGAGUCAAGAUGCGACCUGUGCCCUCUUUAUGCGCCGUUGUUACGGUCCUGCUUCACGUCCUAGCCAGCCUUGCACAUGGGCAAAAACAGGAGCUAGGUAUGACCUUCACCAGACACCCCCAACCCCUGGACGCGCCAAUAGGCGACGAUGUGAAUUUUGAAUGCAAUCUGAACCUCGCCGCAGAACGUUUCUCCUGGCGCCACAGACCAUUAGGUUCGGAUAAGUGGCUGCAAGCUUUCCACGCGCUUAACAACGGCGGCAAAACGUCCAGACACGUGGUGAUCUUCGACAACGAAUCAAAAGCUGGGGAUUACCGUUGCAUAGCCUUUUAUGGUUCGAGCGGUUUAGCUUCUGAUCCGGCAAGAUUGACGCUUGCCACGCUGGAGAAGUUUACCGAUAAGAGUGACGUUGUUAUAAAUGUCCCAGCAGGGAACACCGUGCCUAUCACUUGCCCCGUGCCUUACUCAGCCCCAGAGGCGAUAGUACAGUUCUACAAAGACAACAACCUCGUGCAGAAUGUUAAUGUAAUCGGCAGCAAGACCAUGGUCAUCGAGAACGCCAAAGUGUCCGACAGUGGAUCGUACCACUGCACCGCUAGCAAUUACAUAACUACUCAGAUAUACUCGAGCAAUCACAGGACGAUCCUAAACGUGUAUACGAACACCAGCCUUCAGGCGCCGUUUUUCGUCAAACAGCCGCAAACAGAGUACAAGGUUCUACGGGGGAGAAACGUAACUUUAGAGUGUUUCGCCGCUGGCUACCCAGUGCCUUCUGUCACGUGGAGCAGACUAGGCGGUUCGUUGCCUUCGAACUCGAUUAAAACCGCGAUGGGCCUCGCGAUAAUUAACGUCCAGUCAGCGGACCGGGGGGAGUACGAUUGCGUGUGGAGCAGCCACGGCGUGCUCAUCAAGUCUGUGAUCAUACUGAGAGUGAUGGAGGCUCCAAAGGUGAUCAAACCGCCGAAAGCAGCCACGUUCUCCGAAGGCGGAGAAUUGGAUCUCUCUUGCACAGUGACCGGCGAACCACAGCCGAAAGUUGAGUGGCUGAUUAACGGGGAGUCUCUGAUACCUGGCGGCAACGUGGAAAUCGAAGGUUCGACUCUCUCCAUCUCCGAGGUCGAGAAGAAACACGCCGGCAUCGUUCAGUGCGUCGCGAGCAACGAAUAUGGCUCCCAUUCCGGUUACAAUCUGCUGAGAGUGAAUCCCAAGCAGCAUAUUGGCACGACUGAGAUCAGACAGGACUACGAGAUCUCGAACUCGAGGCACAAGCACACUAGAGGUGGAGGGAGAAGAAGGAGUAAGGAUGGGAAGCGUAAAGGCACUGCUGUGCUAGUACCACCGAACCAACCGAACGUCACCAGACUCUCGGACAUAUCUGUGAUGGUUAGAUGGUCCGUGCCUGAGAACACGGGACUGCCGAUUCAGUUCUUCAAGGUUCAGUACCGGGAACUCGGGCAGAAGAUGAACGGAAAACAGGCGAAGUGGAUGACCGCGAACUCGGAGAUACCGAAUCACGUGCGGUCGUUCGAGGUGACCGAUCUUCAGCCCGAUCACACGUAUCGGUUUCGAAUAGCCGCAGUUUACUCGAACAACGACAACAAACUCAGCCCGAACUCCGUGCGCUUCCACCUGAAUAAAAACGUGGGUAUCGAGAGCAACAGGAUGCCGAUACCAUUGUUGACGAACACCGAGGCGUUGGGUCCGCAGGAAGUGUUGCUCGUUUGGCAGAAUUCGGACCGAUCGGUAGACAUCGAUGGCUUCUAUGUGUAUCAUCGAGCCUCCACAUCGGCCGGCGAUUACAUAAAGACCACGGUCGAAGGGAAAGAUUCCUUCAACAUAACGAUUUCCCACUUGCUGCCGGACACAACGUACGAAUUCAAGGUGCAGAGUUUCUCCGUGGACGCGGCGUCGGAGUUCUCUCAGAUCCUCCGGCAGAAAACGGAGAAGGCACCGAACAUGAACGAACGGGACAGCCACGAUAAUAAAAACGACAAUGGCAGCAAUCUGACGUUGGACAGCCGGGUGAGACCGGCGGAUGAUAAGAACGUGAACAUGUACGCGAUAAUCGGCGGAGUUCUCGGCGGGUCCACCCUGUUGGGCAGUUUGACUGCAGUCGCCGUGGUGUAUAAGAGGACAAAACACAAGCAGAGCCGGGAGUCGUCGCAAAGCGAAGGAAAACCGAUAACGAACGGGAGAGUAAUGAACGGCGGUGUAACCGACUCGAAGAUCAACAUAACGUCAAAUCCACUUGCCGGACUCGAUACGUCUGAAGACAUAAUACAGCCUAAGGUCGGUAUUUACUAUUCGAUAUUAAGGAGACUAGUCUUUUCUAGCUUUAGCAAAUUGGUCGCGUGCUGUCCUUAAAAAAAAAAAAAAAAAACAUUCUACUUGCACAAUUCUCUGCACUCUCUCUCUGGGAGCCGCUUUUCUUUCCGUUAUUUUCCGAACACCACACACGUACGUUACACACUAUCUACACGCCUGUGCCUCUCUGCCUCGAGUGAGAUCUGAAAGAAGCGAAACAAAACACGCAUGUUUCUAAACAGACCGGGCAACAGUCGCCGAUGGAAAUGGCCUCGUUUCUUAACGGGCAAAACAACAGCAACAACAACCAUAACAACAGCGACACAGCUGGAACUGACCAGUGAAAACGCAUCAAUAGACUGAGAGCCCCCUCUGCUCCAGGGAUCACUGCCUGUUGUAAUAUAAUACUUUCGCAAACCGUUUUUUACUCCGUGCUUUGAGAAAAGUUCUCUCGCCACAGUACUCGGGGCCAUAGAUGUUCCAUUUCUGUCAACUAUUUGUCUACAUCGCGACGAAGAGACUAUGCCAAGAAAAUGGCAUGUAAACGUUGUCGCUUCAUAUUUUCUUUUUUUUUUUUUUUUUUUUUUAUUUUUUAUUGAAAGACUUUUAAAAACUUUAUUUUUUUUUUAGGUUUACCAACGGACGAACCGUUUCAAGACAUUUACAGGGUGUCACAUUAGGUAUGCUCAAGUGUAUCAAUCGCGAUUGUUAGAUACGCAUUUACCUAACGAUUAUCGCAUCCAUCCUACGUAUUUAGGACUUCUUUCCGUUUUCUUUUGCGCAAUGAAAUUGCGACUCUGUUCAAGCUCAAAGUAGGAAAUCGACGGUCGACCGUGAAGUGGUUAAAAUUCGCUGUGUACCUGUCUCCACUUUCUCAUCUCUUUCAUCUCUCUGUCUCUCUGUUGGUGUCUUUCACUCGACCCUUUGUUUCCCUUUUGUGUCCACUUGAUGGUCGACGAUCAGCGAGUUUUCGUUUGUAAUUAGACACGCGAGAAUAGAGACUUUCAAAAACUCGUAAUCGAUAUAGUAUGUUCGUUCUUUUUUUUUUUUUUUUUUCUACUCGUGACGUGCUAGCUUUUAUUAUGUAUUCGCCCAGUGUUUUAUGUAUACAUAUAUAUCGACUUUAGUCCAGGCAGCUUUCUAUUAAGUCACAUUUGUUCCCUGAACUUAAAUUAAUUAGCGUCCAUUAUCUUAUGUUGUAAAUACGCGAGAUUAUUAGUGAUUAUACGUUGCAUUCAGAGGCGAAUGAUCUUGUGCCUGAAUGAAAAAGACAGCUGUGUUAUGAUUGUAUUUUAUACACGUCUUAGAAUGUUGAGUCGACGACGCUGGAAUUCCAGUUUGAAAAUUCCGGGAACCUUUUGUCUCUAUUUCGAAUUGUCAUUGCGUCGUCAUUGCGAAGUAUUGUGCCGUACGUACGUACCGUGAUUAUUUAUAAUACAUUGUCAUCGUUGAAACCGACAGAAACAACGAUUCUAUAACGGAAUGAUUUUUGCAUUCAGACAAAGAGUGGACGAGCCGCCGCACGCCACUGCAAUAAUGGAAAUAAUUCAGUGAACAUACGUCGCCAACAGUAUUUGUUAUAUAAUGUCGAGAAAUUAACCUGUAAUAGCAGUAUUUUCCUAGCCUCGAGCUCUUACGCACGUAUACAACGUCCUUUCAAUAAUCAACGUUAGAUUCCUGACGGUAAUCAAGCUUUAUGAUAACACAUCUGGGG